UAUCAAAGCUAUCCCAUUAUUCAUCUUACCUUACAUUCAUGAUCAAACUUAAUUUCAGAGACAGAAGAGCAAAUCUAAUUUUACAAAGAUGGUUCACAUAGACAGAAGCUAUAAAGUAGGCAAAUACUAACAAAACAUUGUUUCCACAGUUAUAGGGGAAAAUAGGCCAUUGGCCACCACUUUAUUAAAGACAUAACAAGGUUUAAACAUCAGCGUGAAUAAGAGUAACCACUACUGCAAAGGAACACUGUUGUUGCUUUCCCUUACUGUAGGCUAUUCCUUGAACCAAAUUACAUGCAAAGACAGGUGCCCUCAAGAUACUACGUGUGGUCCCAAGACUAAAACAGUCUUUUUGCCUCCCCCGUCAUGGCCGUCUGACUCAAACCAAGAUUCAACUAACACUAAGUUAGAGCUGCUGAUAGUCAACUCCUGGAAACUUCUUUAAGUGGGCUUAUCUUGUGGUACAGAGUAACCUUCAUUUCCCAGUAACAAAUCACCAACCACCUUUCCCAACAAACUUUGAACCAGCUUUACUAUUGAAGCCUCUCUCCACUCGAUGUAUUAAAACUUGCUAGCACUAAGAAAAAGGUGCUGAAACAAGAGCCAACUCACUGAUUACUCCUGACCAGACAAUAACUUAACAUUACCCAGUGUAGAGAAAAGAAAAUACAACCGGCUAGUGCAAAUAGGAUACAAAUAACCUAAUUUAUCAGAACUUAAAUCACAUGUAGCAAUUACAAACCAUAUGGCCAGGCCUGUCUGUCUGAACAUUGCUGUGUGAGCAGGUAAGAAAAGCUUUCUAAUAGGGGCAAGUGGGCAUGAGAACCAGCAUAGCUCCUGCCAAGUGUUCUCUCUCCCGCACCUAUAGCCACCUUCAGCCAGGCAGUGGGAGUUUUAUGUGGGUCAAUGGGGUGACCAAUCAUGCAGCUCAUAGUAAAACAACUUGUCCUGAUUGGCUGCCCAGGCUGAAGCUAUUGUAGCCCUCACUUGAUGACCCUGGCUAGGGUGGCUAGGGCUGCAUACUGUAUAGGGGGUGAAGAAUGGAACAGUGUAGUGGGAAAUACUUGUCAUGCAAAGGAGCUAAGUAGAAGCCUUCUUUAGUUAGGAUGACAGUUUCACUCUGUCUAAUGCAGCUUUACGUGGCCUCUUAAAAGCUGAGCACCUCUUCGAGAAAAUGAAACCAUUUGUACCCCUGCAGUCCUGCCAUGUCAGCAAGGCGGCAUGGGGGGAACCUGCACUGCCCUUGUUCUGCACUCCCUGCUUGCCUAGUCCUCUCUGAGAUACAUUGGCAUAAUAAUGCCUAAAUGGAAACCCAAGUAGUUGAGGGCCAAGAAUUAGUUUGUUUCUUUUUACAAAAGGUUUUGACAAAAUCUACUGUGAAUAUUUUGUGAAAGUUCUGUGUUGUUGUUGUUGUUAACAACCCCUGGAUACACUGUUGUUGUUAAUGCAAGCCUUCCCUUGCAGCGCUGGCAAACCAUGGUGCUCCUACUGCAUGCCAGCCAGCGAGACUGAAUGGCUUAGUAUGGGCUGAAGAGCACUAAGAAGGGCAACGCCCAGCACCCACCUACUGAUGAUAAAAAGGAGAGCUCCCCAAGCCUCUAAAGUGUAUGUUUGUUGGAAACUACCCUCCCUCUGCAGGACUGCAUAGGCACUACUGCUGGUCUAGGGCUCCAGAAACCCCCACAAUCCCAGAACAGAGGCAAGAAGGGGCCAGGAUCCAGGGGUUGUUCAUUGGCACUAAAUGUACAAAGUUUUGCGAUGAUAAGCUGCUGAUAGAUCCCAUGGUGCUGAAGAAGAAGCUAAAUAGGAUGGCAACAGAACCAGGGGCUUUUGCUGUCCUCAGCAGCCUGCUGCUUUACAUCACAGACCUCGCGGCCUGCGACCCACAGAUGCCGAGGAAGAAGGCAAAAUGGGCAGAAGGCAAAGGAAACAAGGUGAUUUAUAAUCCUGAAUGCCAAAGUGCAAACACAAGCAAGCGCCCCACAAGAUUCCAGCUUUUGCAGUCCAAGUUCAUGAACAACAAUCGUGAACCUUACAUAAAAAAGACAAGAGAAGUUGGCAAGCUAAUCAUUAAAGAAAAGCAGUGGGUAAACAGGGGCUGUCUAAAUGCCACUGUUAACAAAUUAGACAAAAAUAAGGAAAAAAAAGGAAGCGGUCAAGCACUAGAAGAGAACAAAAAGAUAAUGCCCAAUGAGAGGGUCAAGUGGAAUGGCCUGAGUGGGAAAAAUACAGUGAAAAACAUUCUGAAGAAAUUUUUAGCUGCAGAGGAGAAAGAAACUAAGGAGAAAGCUUCUGUCUGGAAAAAGAAAGAGCCUAACAGCAAUUUGCCAAAAAUUAUCAGCAAGAAUUCUGUUUUCUCCAAACUGAAGGAAAAGUUUGAACAGGCUAGUUCUGUUUGUUCAGCCACAGAGGCAAAAACAUUGCUGUUGCGCAAAGGUGAGAAAAAUAAUACAAAGGUCCCAAGUAGAACACCUAUUCACAAACCAGAGGUCACAGUGCUACACACUGUGACAGCCCCAGUUCUAAAUAGCCCUCAGUCCCAGUAUUUAGUGUGUACGACGGCUCCAAUGCCUAGAUUCAGUGUUGUGACUGAAAUUAGCCAUCCUUGGAGCUGGUUGACAAACAACACUGAAAGUAAUCAGCCUUUUGAUCAUGGCACUCAAAUGGUAGAGAUGAGUGACUCUGACAGCAAACAUGAUAUUAAGCCUGGUAAGAAUGAAAUGCCAGAAAAUAGGGCACAAGACAGAGAGUACAAAGGACAGAUGCAAACUGUACAAUGUGUAAUGCCCAAGGUCAUGACUGACAACAAGGACAGUGCAGAGACUAAAAUAGAUUCCACAAACCAAGGACCUGGUUUUCUUCCUAAUCUAGACCGCUCUUCUACUUUCUGUAAAAAUAAAUCCCUUGCAGACUGCAUUCCUACCUUAUCUAAACCCACCCUAUCUCACAAGGGGAAUAGCACAUUAGCUGGAUUUGAUACAUCUUCAUUAGGGGAUAAUAAAACUGCUCAAAAUGUUAGUGAAGACAAUCCGUCUACUAACUUGCCUUAUUCUGGUAUAGCUGAAGGAUCCAGCGCAUACAGUCCCCAGGAUAUUAAAGAGGUUGGUAUUCCUAAAAUAACAGUGAAUGCAUGCAGUUCAAAGGAGACAGAAAUAGAGUUCUCGGAGUCAGAAAAAGAUCCUCUCUUUGCAAGCCAAAAAUGUUUCCCGGAGGAGAAACUAUCGGAAAAUAUUCCAUCGUUUUGCUCCCCAGUAGCUCAGGCAUCUCAGAAUGUAGUGCCUCCAAAUGAUGACCUGCAAUUAAUUGUCAAAAUACCAGUUACUGACAAAAUGCCACCGCUGAUGCCAAGGCAAGAAAAUGCAUCCGAUUUUAAAGGCAAACAUUCCAAAGCAGCUGUAAAAAGAGAGAAAUUUCACUAUAAACAGGAAAUAUUUCCUAGUUCUAGAAAAAAUGAUUGCAAAGUCACAGCUAAGCAAGAAGAGGAGCCAGACAUAAAUCCAAACAAGCUGUCUGAUUGUCAAAUGCAAACUGAACAAAUAACCCAGGAAUCACAACCACAUCAAAUGCUUGGUCAACAAAAUAACAUUGAUAAUUUCAGCAUUAACGUAUCAAAUCCGACUAUGACUCAGACAAAUGAUUCAAAGAAGGAAAAAAGUGGUAUUGUAGAAGGAAAGCAUAUCUGCUCUGAUUUUGAAAAGGACCAAGGUCCAUUGUCAAGUUAUUUAAUGAAGCACAGGUGUUAUAUUCCAGAAGAGAAUUUUGGGAAGGACCAAUUAUCAUCAAAUGAAAUGGCAAGUCAGGAAAACAAUACUGCCAGGGAAAGGAGUACCUUGUGUAAUCUGGAGAUUUAUGAAAUGCCAUCAAAGUAUUUUAUGAAGCAUGAAAGUGACAUUGCAGAUGAGAAUCCCUGGCCUAAUUCUGAGACAUGUCAAUCAUUCUCAUCAAAUUAUUUAACAAAGCACGAAAACAAUGCUACAGAACAAAGAAUCUGGCAUGCUAUUGAAAAGCCCCAGAUCCCAUCAUCAAAAGAUUUGGUGAAAGAUGAAACCUAUAGUGUAGAAGAUAAGAAGGCUUGUCAUAAUUCUGAUGAGUACCAAUUACCUUCUUCAAAUGAGUCAGCAAAGCAUAAAGGUGAUAUUAUAGCAAAGAAUGCUAUGUAUAACCGUGAGAAUUACCAGACACCACCAUCAUCAAGUGAUGUCAUAAACCAUGAAAAUAAUACAGUCAAAGAGAAGAAUAUCCAUCAUGUUUUUGAGAAGAAUGAGUUACUCUCACCAAAUGAACUGGGGAAGCAUGAAAAUAACACUGCAGAAGAGAUAAGUCUCUUGAGUAAAGUAGAGAAAUCCCAAUUACCCUCAUCAAAAGCACUGUUGAAGCCUGAAAAGAAUAUCGCAGUAGGGAGAAUGCCCUUGAAUAACUGUGAAAAGUACCGACUACCCUCGCCAAAUGAAUCAGAGAAGCACGAAAAUAAUACUGUGGUAAAAACAAGACCCUGGAGUAAUCUGGAGCAAGACCAACUGCCAACUCCAAAUGAUACUCUGAAUUAUGAAAAUGAGAUGAGAGAUGAGAACUUUGAGAAAAACCAGUUUCCUUCCUCAAAUGAAAUGGUGACUCAUGAAAAUAAUAGUACAAGUGAGAGAAAUAACUUACAUAAAUAUGAAGAGUACCAAAUGCUGUCUUCAGAUAAUGGUUUGAAACAUGAAAAUGAUACGAUGGUAGAGAAGAAGCAUAAGGAUAAUAGUGCAAAAGAGAAGAAUUCGUCUAGUUUUGAGACAUGCCAAUUACCCUUAUCAAAGAAUAAAAUUAACACUCCAGGACCAAGAAAUACCUUGUGUAGCAUCAAAUACCAAAUGCCAUCAAGAGAUUUAGUGGAAAAUGAAUAUGAUACAACAGAAGAGGAAAACACCUGUUGUAAUACUGAGAGAUACCAACUGUUCUCAUCCCGUGAAUCAAUGAAACAUGAAAAUAAUGCUGCAGAGGCAAGAAAUAUCCAGAGUAACUUUAAAAAUUACCAAAAGCCAUCAUCAAGAAGUAUAGGGAAGCAUGAAAGCAAAACUGUCCAAGAGAGAAGUACCCAUCAUAAUUUUGAAGAGUACCAGUUACUUUCAAGAAAUGCACCACAGAAGCAUGGAAAGAAAGGUGCAGUAGAGAGAGAUACCUUGUGUAACCCUAAGAAGAAUCAAAAACCAUCAUCAAGUUCAUUGGUGAAGCAAGAAAAUAAUGUUACAGUAGAAAAGCAACAACAAACACCAUUGUCAGAUGAUUUUGUGAAGCAUGAAACUGAAACUGUGGAAGAGAAGAAUAAACAUCAUAGUUCUGAGAAGUACCAAUUAACCUCAUCAAAUAAAUUAGUCAAGCAUGGAAAAAAUACCACAGUAGAGAAGAAGCAACAAAUACCAAUAUCAAAUGAUUUUAGAAAGCAUGAAACUAACACUGUGAAAGAGAAGAAUAAACAUCAUAGCUCUGAGAAGUGCCAAUUAACCGCAUCAAAUAAAUUGGUGACACAUGGAAAAAAUACUGCAGUAGAGAAAAAGCAACAAAUACCAAUAGCAAAUGAUUUUAGGAAGCAUGAAAUUAGUACUAAAGAAAAGAAAAAUCCACAUCUCAAAGUUGAGAAAUACCGGUUACCUUCCUCAAGUAAACUGGAGAAGCAUGAAACUAAUAGUUCAGGAAAGAAAAACAGUUUGUGUGAUUUUGAGACGUAUCAAGCUUCAUUGCCAAGUGAUCUCAUGAAGCAUCGAAGUGAUUCAACAUUAGAGGAGAAUCCUUGGCAUAACAUUGAUAACUACCAAAAAUUACCCCUAUCAAAUGAUGUAUCCAAACAUGAUAAAAAUCCUGUAGAACAGAGGAAAACCCAGCAUGGCUUUAAGAAGUACUGUAAACUAACAUCAAAUGAUUUAGCAAAGCAUGAAAAUGUUGCUGCUGAAGGAAAGGCCAGGAGGCCAGGGUCUGAUCAAAGAAAUGACAGAAAAACAGAACUCCAGGACUGCACUAGAACAGCAGCACACGCAAAAUACAUAGCAGAAAGUUACAGUGAAGGACCCCUAAAUUCAUCUUUUAAACCAAUGAUAGUUAGAGUAAGUGACACAUUUAAACAUCACACCUGAUAGCUCUACAGGUAAACUAAUGACCUCAAUUAUUUGUAUCAUCAGAUCUUUCUUUUUUUCCUUCAAUGUUCAAGACAUUAAAUUAUCACUUCGUAAUUGCAUGGAUAUUGAUGCGUAUUUUUUAGGGUGUGAUUCUUUUCCCUUUCUUAAACGCUGGCCAGAAGAUCACUGCAAAUAUAUCAUCAGAUUAAUCAUCAAUUUAUUAUGAGAGGGGCUGAGAGAUCAUCAACAAUUUAAUCCUGCUCCAAUCUCUCCUUGAUAAAUGCUCGGUUUUGUUUGUAACUAGGGUAUUUUGAGGAUGAACUUUCCUUUGUAUUUACUCAUUUUAGUAAAACGCUGUUACUACUCCUUCUAGGAAUGGCUUUAGACAAUGUCAGGCUUCGUUAGGUCAAAAAUGGCCACUUAAGUUCUAGCUUUAAAGCUGUAAAUGCAAAGGCUGAUCCUUGCUAACAUGCAUAAUGUUUCAUGGGUAAUGUGCAGAAAGAUAGAUGCUUCCUUUAUCUGCAGGAAAGUCCUGAAAGGACAAUAUGUUAAAUAAUUUACUAUCGGGCGCUUAUGUUCUGUGGUAUAAAUAUUGGGAAAAUAUUGAUUGAACCUUCUGUCAAGAUAUUUACACUUUUGGGUGUGUACAGUAUUGAGAUGUGUUUGUAGAGAUAGGUUAUUCCCUCAUGCAUGUCACGCUAUAGCUACUCCUGUGUUCACAAAGGGCCAUAAUGCAGCAACUACAAGUACUCACAAAGGGCCCAGUCCUGUAAGGUGCUGAGCAGGUCAAUGAAAACAGGCUGCUGAGAAUGGUGCAGGAGGGAUUCAGCACUUUGCAGGAUUGGGGUUAAAUUGCCUUUGUGGCAUAUCAGGGGCACACAGGCCCAAGGCAGGCAUUGCCAUGGAUAUUAAAGUUACUCAUUGGAAAAUCUUAUCGUGCUCGUGCUUUCCUGUCAAGUGUAGCAAAUGUUUACCGUAGUACGAUAUGAAACUUGAUAAUAAUGAGCAGCCAAUGUCAUUGAAAUGUGCCAGUGGAAUGUGAUGUUCAGAAUGGACAAUAAUAGCAACUUCUGCGUAAAGUUUGCAUGUCCCUGGCUUUGCUUUGGUAGACAGGAUCGGUUUGUUAUGUUUGCUUCUUUCUGCCCAGCUGAUGAACAGAAUGUAGCUGCAAAAUGGAAUCUUGCCGUUAAUGCCACAUAACACCCUGUGGUAGGUAGGUAGAUAUUAAUAUAAUAAAGUCAACUCUCACA